CUCUCUUGAUCACCGUAAGUCGUCGGGCAAACAUUCGUAUUAUCGUCCUGAAUUAUGACCAGUCAGUGUCUGUCCGGAACCGGUUCGUAAAUUAGAAAAUAAAAAUGAAUGAAAACGAAAUCGACGAUUUUAGGACUGAAGACACAGAAGUUAAAUUAGAGGAACCAAAGCCAGUCAGAUUAACAUUCCAUUUGAUAGCUAAGAGAAACUUACCAUUGGGGUAUGAUGAAAAUGAUCAUGAUCAAGUAUUGCAAGAACUGAAUGCAAUAUCACGCAUUAGAUUAGACAGAGCAAACAUUGGUAAAAUUGAUAGCUUUGAACUCUUGGGACCAAAAGUCACCAACCUCUAUCUGCAAGUGAACCUGAUAGAAAAGAUAGAGAAUCUCGAAUGUCUGAAGAAUCUGACUUUUUUGACACUUGCUGAUAACAGAAUUAGGAGGGUUGAAAAUCUCAACUGUUUACCAAAACUACAUUUCUUGGAUUUGUCUCAUAACUGUGUCUCACAGCAGAAUUUUGACAUAGAUGAAUUUCCACAGAGUCUGAUUAUUCUGAAUUUAAAAGGGAAUCCAUGUUGCAAUCAUCCUGAUCACAGAGGAAGAAUGAUCCAAGAACUUGUUAAUCUGAGACAACUUGAUGAAGUGGAAAUUUCAGCUAAAGAGAAAAGAGAUGUAGGAUUAGAGGCCAGUAGUGAUGAGGAGGAAGAAGAAGAAACAGAGGAAGAAGAAUUAGUUUCAUCUCAUAAAAAGCCUCAAGAGAAAGAGUCUCUACAAUCAUUUUCAACUGAGAUUUUGAUAAGGUCACAGAGACGUAUGGAACAAGGCUUAAAGGACCACCAUAAUCAUACUGCUGAACUGGAACAGAUACGAGAAAGAACUCAUUUACCUCUGUCAAGUCGCAGACCACAAAAGUCUUGAUCAAUGGAAAGUGUUAUAACUAAUGCAUUAUGUGUCUUCAAUACAAGCAAUGAUAUCAGGCAAUCAACUGAUGUUACACAUCACAUGGGACAGUGAAAAAAACUCUUCAAAAGAGCAAACUUAACAAAACAAAAGUAAUGUGAUAUAAAUUAAUAGAGAC